AUGUCUUUGUCUAAGAUUCAGAGCCUCAGACUGGCAGCUGUACUGGAGGACUGUUCAGACCAGUUGGACAUACUGGGACACACUCUGAGAGUCCCAGCCGGCAGAGAACAAGGCACCGCAGCAGUUCAGGAGAGAGCCCGACUGACUAAGCUGAGGAGAGACUGUCAGUACACGCAGCAGGUGGUUUACAAGCUGCACGUGGAGCUUGAGCAGAAGCAGAGUUUCACCUCGUUGCUGCUGCAGGAGGAGCUGGAGGCGAAGAGGAGGAGAGAACUAGCGGAGGAGGACAAGAGGAAAGAAGAAAUCAUACAAAUUAAGGCCGAGAAGGAGCUAGAGCAGAGAAAACAACAUCUACAGAUACAACAACAAGAUCUCCAAGAGAGCACCAAGAAACUCAAGGACUUGGAGGACUUGUACCGUCAGCAGUCAUUGGAGGCUGACUACUCAAUGAUUAUGGGGAAAUACUCGGAGCUGCAGCUCAAUAAGACACAGAAGGAGAUAAACCAGGCUGAGGGGCAUCUGGAGGAGCAGCUGAGGCUGCUGGAGUCACAGCUGGAAGAGGAGGCCAAACUUCACGACGAGUCAAAGAAAUGUCUGCAGCAACAACACGAGGAUUUGCAGCAGGAGCUGAAGGAGUUGGAGCUGCACACGAAGCAGAUGCUGCAGCUGAAGGACGAGCAGCUCGACAGCGCGCUCCACAGACGAGCAAUGCUUAAGAACAAACUGACGGAGCUGAGGAAGAAGGUGAGCAGCUCCCGGUGUGUUUAUAACGUGACACAUCAAACCCCCAGUCACUGUCGCGGUUGUUGA